GAGAAAUAUGAGAAGUUUGCGGAUGUGAAUCUUCUUGGGAGCAUCAGGACAACCCUGGCUUUUCUUCCUCUGAUAAGGAAAUACAAGGGCUUUACUGUUUUACUGUGUGGCAUUUAGGAGAGGAAGAGUAAUCAUAUAGAGGUGAACUAGAGACAUCCAGCUUCCAGUUCCAGGCCCGACAAGAUCCUCUCUAUGACUUUGGACAGAGAAACCCCACGACGCAUUGUUUUCAUGUCCAGCAUCAUUGCCUAUUUUACUCUGGGAAAUGGCAUUUAUUCUAUGACCAAGGCGGCUAUUGAAAAAUUCUGUGAUGCUCUAAGACUGGAAAUGAAGAAGUUUGGCGUCCAGGUCUGUAUUAUUCAGCCGGGAAAUUAUGCACGAUCUACAAAAAUUCAGCCACCAGUCAGUGCCGAAGAGAUCUGGAAUGAACUCAGCGAAGAGGAAAAGGCAGUUUACAAUAAGGAGUAUGUUCAGGAGCGGGCAGACUUUUUCAACAACAUUCUCAGCAAAGGAAGCACAAAUGGCAAUGAGGUUGUAGAUGCUAUGGUAGAUGCUCUCAUGUCUCCUGCACCCAAGGCACGUUACAUGGUAGCAAAGCUUAAGGAAAAAGCACUGGUGUUUGUAUGUGCUUUAUUCCCAACUGUUGUGAUGGAUUCUGUUUUGUCUUAUGCACUGAGUAAAGUAAAACUUGCAUAGCUGACUUUGAUACUGUUCAUUGACUCGGCAGUUUGUUAAACUGUCAAAGCAAGGGCUCCAUGUAGUGUCCCCGGAAACUGUAUGAUGACAUCAAUUAGCUGACAGAAAUUUUGGAGGGUAUCCCUACUCAGAACUAUCACUUGUUUACAGAGGAAUACAUCAUACAUUUGUCCAGCAACUGUAUUUCUCUCAUGGAAAAAGAUAGGGCCACUCAUGCUGCUCUAGGUAUUGCCUAGAAAAUUUAAUGCAGCUUUUCCUAAUGCAGUACCAAAUUGCGGCGUUGCAGACGUGACAGAGACGAAAUGGAGCAUAUCCUAAAGGGCAACUCCAUAUCUGAAAUCAUUAUGACAGAGGUGAAAACAUCUUAUUUGUAGGAGCCUGAAUAGUAAUUUAUUAGAGGUGAUGGGAAGAGGUUAAUGGAAAAGUUAGGCAUGACUAACAGACUUUGAAAUACUUUGAAUGGAGAUAAGUGGCUUCAGAAAGUUAGGAAGAGCUAUGUGAGUAACAAAGUUGUGUUUGUACCAAUGGAAACAGUAGCUUGGGUAACUACAGCUCAGUACUUUUUCUGGUAUUAUGGAUAAAUGUAUAACAAAGCAUAUGUGUAUGGACAAUGAAAAAUAAGUAGCACAUUUCAUUUAUAACUGAAUAUUAAAUUCUAAUAAACUCUAUUUAUCUAAUGUCUGGAUUAAUCUGUGCAUUAACCCAAAAUGUAGUCAGAGAGCUGAGACCAAGGCAGUAGGUAUCAGUAUGCAUGCAGUAGCAACUCUUAGCUUAAAAGAACAUAUUAAGUGUGAAGUUCUGUUUUUGCUACUAUUAUAGGAAUUAAGGUCUGAUUGAAAAAAAUAAAUAUCUAUUAGCAUGA